GUCUCGCUCCAGUAAAGGCAUAUUUUUAAAAAGAUUUCAAAACCGGUUCUGAAUAGACAAUUUAACAUGUCGUCCGUGAAUAAACAGACACCAUAUUUUACAUAUGAAUGUUGAAUGAACGUCUAGGUUCAACGAUUCACACAAAUUUUCUUCAUAUUGUUACAGUGACAUUUUUUGGAUUAUUAAAAAUCAAGAAGGAUAUAGUUUACCGAUAAUUAGAUCCAAUGGAAUAACCAAAAAGAGAAUUAGAAAUCUGUGGAAGUUAGAAAUAGUGAAAUAAUUGUCAUGUUGUGAUCAGGAAUGUCGCAUUGAAAAGGGAUUCAAAAUGGUGAUACAAAGGGAAGAACCGACCCAAACAUUGGCAAAACGACGUGUAUUGUACAUUGGUAGCUCAGUACCAUUAGAGACAACAGAAGGACUAGAAGCCGUUCAACAGCCACUUAGGGAUAGAUACCCGGUAGGUGAACAUGCUCAGUUACAAGGUAUAGACUCAACUCUUACCGUUCUAUACACCGGUUUACAAAUUCAGUAUAUUGAUGAUCCGGAUACGAUUGUAUUUUUCCCGAUUUCUUCAUUGACAGUAUGCGCUGCAGUAAGGCCCGUAAAUGCAAUAAAUGCCCCAACAGGGGAGGUGAUGGCCAAAUUUGUGUCUUUAAAUUCAGAAAUAGCAGCUCAGAAUGCCAAAAAUCCGGCUAUUUUCACAGCGAUUACACGUCGUGCAAAAGGAAGGAAAGUUCUCGAGUGUCAUGGGUUCGUAUGUGCCUCUGAUCAGGACGCAUUAGACAUUGUAAAGGCAACAUCAAUGGCAGAUCAAACGAAACGGGAAAAUGGAACAAUUCAAAAUGGUCAAGCUCCGUAUAGAGCAGUAAAUGGAUCAGGUAAUCGACCAGGAUCAUUUAGGGUUGUAAACGGUACUGUUCCAGUCGAAACAACUGCUAUGGUAAAUGGUUCUUUGCGGCGUAUUAUUGUAGACAAACCAGUAUCCGCUAGACAAAAUGUCCGACUUUCGGCCGGCGACAAUAUCCCGUCAGUAGUUGAUGACGUUCCACAGGAAUUUUAUGAUUCACCGCCACCUCAAGGAUAUUUUUAUCGUCCAAAUAAUGUUCAGGCUAAAAGCUUUAAAAUAGAAAAGAAAGAACCGCCUAUUUCUGCUCGAUCUCGAGUUUCCAACUCAUUUGUACAACCAGCAGACGUUCCUCCGCCUCCAUCGCCACCAUCACCGCCGGCGGAACCAGCUCCAGUUCCACCGCCACCUCAACCGCCUAUAAUAGAAGCUCAGCCACCACCACAUGAUAGACCUUCUGAAACACUAUCAACAAGAAGUCAACCUGAAAGACCUUUACAUCAAGAAAAUGGUAUACCACCACCAUUUGGCAGGCCUCGAGGAUAUAUGCCAGGCAACUUUGGAGCACCGUUCUAUCCACCUCCACCCUCCUACAUGAGACCGAUGUAUUAUCCGCCGCCACCGCCGCCGAUGACGAGACCACGAUUUUUCUCUCCUCAACCGUCUAUGCGAGCGCCACCCUACCCUUAUCCAUACCAAUAUCCAAUGUAUCCUCGAUUUGUUAAACGACGACGACCAAAAAGGAAGGAAUCUGAGUCGCCGCAUUCAAAGUCUUCUGACAGUCGACACUCUGGUCAUAAAUCUCCGAGAGAUCACGAAGAGACCGAUAGGAAAAGGAUUCCAAACGGAGAUUUUGACAGUGAAAGUGAUGAUUUAUUUAGACCAAGAACGCCACCCCGUGAUUACGAAUAUGUCAAUCCUGACGUUGAUUCUCCACCAAAGGAACGUAUGAGUCGUCGAGAGGAAUAUGAAAAGCGACGCAAUCGCAAAAACCGCGAUAAAAAUGAGAGAAGUCCACCUAACAUGAUGUAUAACGGCUAUCGUCCCUACUACAUGUAUCAGCCACAAUCGUUUAAUCCUUACAUGCCACCGGAAAUGGCACGUUAUCCGCCUCGUUCUAGUUCUGUUCCUCCCCAUCUUCGAUAUUCAUCGAAAGACCGAAAGACAAAUAAAAAACAAAAGAAAAACAAGAAAAAAGAAAAAGGCCAUUUCCGUGGAGGAGGUCCGCAUUAUCCGUAUGGAAAAGAGGAUAUAUCUAUGGAAAGUGGUAGUGUUAUGGGAGGAUAUACAUCAGAAAUUCCACAAAGAGCAUAUCCAACCGAUGGAUACUAUAUGUACCCACAUAGACCACCACGUGACUUUCGAAGGGAGAAAAACCAAUUUUUGAAUGAAAAGUCGUUUUCGCGGCGAAUGCAAGAAGAACAUCGCACGUCUAAAGGUAAAAAGCAAGAGUAUUAUCCUACAGCUUACGAACUGAAUGAUGCUCAAGCAGAAGAGCGGAUAAAUGAACCUGAUUUCUCAAUGUACUAAACAGCACUCGUAAGCUUUGUAUACUAGUAUAUUUGUUUCUACAAUAAUCAAAAAGAAAUAUGUUUUCUAAAAGAAUAUUUCACAUAAGAAGGUUGGUGACACAGGAAAGAAGUUUUAGUUAUAGAAAAGAAACUUGAUGAUCAAACGAUUCAUUAUAUUAUCCUUUUGACUGGUCAGUGUUUACAGUACAUUAUACUUUAUAGGAUAAGAACGAUGUACAAUAAUUCAAGUAUCUUUGGAGGAAAACAAACAUAUGUCAUAAAUAUAUAUAUAUAUAACAAACAUUAACAUAUUCGUCUAUAUUAGUGCUAAUGGUUUCAUUUUAUAUGUAAUUGUUAUAUCCGGGAUUAACUUUCAUCAGAUACCACUGUUUACAAUAUGACAUUUUAGUAUAUGUAAAUAUAUGUUAAAUAUUACUUCUGCAAUUCUAUAAGAUAGAGUUUUGUUGAAAUUUAAGAUAUUAUUCUUACUUGGUUAUAGUUGCAUUAAUGAAUAACAUGGUAUUGAAUGGUGAACUCGACAAUAUUUUGUUGUCUCGCCUCGACAGAGUCGAAAGCUAGACUUGGGUAACCUGUUUCCGGUGGCAUCGGCGUCGGCAUCAAUUUGUUAAAGUUUGUGAUUAAUUCAGUUUAAGGGGGACCACUAAUGGUAAAUCAAUGAUAUUCGGUAUGUAGUUGGAUAGCAUUGGCAUCUCUCGUUCCCAUUGAAGAUCAUUUGUCCCUUCCUUUAAUCACGAUCUGUUGACCUUAAAACUGUUGCACUCUUUUCAUGUUUAUGUUAUGAUAAGGUCAGUUUAACAGUUUGGGGACAACCCAAAAAUGGGGAACCAUUCCCCAAAUGAGUAACAAUCAUUCAUUUUAGUAACCAGUUGAUAGUGCUUAACAUAAAUAUGUCCUACAAUUGGUCUUUUUACAGAAAAUGAUACAAAUUUAUGGAUAAUGGAACAACUUUUUCCAAAGAACUAUAUUUUUGUUAUGGGAUUUUAAAAAGUAAGUAGCCUUGAAAAUUGUCAAUUUUUCGAAGUUUUCAUAGACUUGUUACUUCUCUGUAAAUCAAGAUAGGAGUAUUCAUUCUAUGAAAAAUUUGCGGCAUCUUUCACGAUUAUGUGCAAUUUUAAAUAAAAAGACUCCGUUUAGAAUACUUUUUUUAAGCACUACCAAAUGUUUACUCAAAUGAGACUCAGAGGUUGUUACUCGUUUAGGGAAUAGUUCCCAAUUUGGCGGGUUGUCUCCGACCAUCAAGGGGAACCAGUAGCGGUAAACUAGACUGUUAUUCGGUAUGUAGAUGUAUAAACAUUGGCACAUGACAUCUUGUUUCUAUGGAGAUGAUUUUAUUCAUGGUCUAUUGAUUUUGAAAUAUGAGCUUAAUUUACAUGUUUAGUUGGAGGGGAACCACUGUAUUAUGAUAAGUCAAUCGACUCGUAUUUGAUAUGCAGUUGAAUCAGUAACAUUGUAUCAAAUAUUUGGCCCUUUGACUUUUAAUAUACUGCUUAUUUUUCAUAUUAAGGAGUAUUGAUAUUAUUAAAUAUUUGAAUUCCUGA